GUUCUGUUUUUGCAAAAGCAAGAUUGCAUGAAGCGAGGUUAGAUUUCGUUUAGCGGUUAAUUCCUAUAAUCUCUUCAACAAAAAUGGGAUUAGGACGUGAAGCAGUUUUGAAACUUUAUGGGGAUUUAAUCAGAGAAAGUAGAAAAUGGCAUUCUUAUAAUUACAGAACUUUCGCUCUGCGAAAAAUUCGCCACGAGUUUCAGGAAAACAAGUCGGUCACAGAUCAAUCAACCCUAAAAGAAAGCUUUGUUCAUGGACAGGAAGCAUUGGAAUUAAUUAAAAGACAAGUUGUAAUCGGAAAUCUCUACAGUACGAGACCUUUGAUCAUAGAAACUCAAAGUCACGAGGAAAAAUGUGUAGCAAAAGCAGAUUAAUUUUCCCUUUUUUUUUAAGACAAAAUAAUCCUUGAACUUCAAUAAUUAGAAGAAAUUCCAUCAACUCACGUUGAUGUAAGGUAUAAAAAACCAUAGAAAGGUAAAAUCGUUUCUUAGAAUCAAGAAUUUAAGAUGUAGAAUUAAAUUAAUUUUAAUUCUGUAUAUUUACUUGGUUAAAAUGACUAUUUUUGUGAUUAUAAGUUCUCUUACUCAAAAAUCACUACGUAUUCAUGAAGUUAUCGCAAAUUUUGUAUUUAAGCCCUUUUCCCAUUGUCGAAAACCCAUUUUGCAUCACUGAUGUUUUUAUGCCUCAACAAUGGGCCAAUUAGGGCCAAGUGUAUAUAGUAUUCGCUAUUGUAAAUAAAAGCAAAUGUGUUAUAUUUGUUUUCAA